CAGAAUGGACGCAAGCCCUGCCGGGAGCCCCAGUCCUCAGCCUUCAAGGGCCAAUGGGAACAUCAACCUGGGGCCUUCAGCCAAUCCAAACGCCCGGCCCACCGACUUCGACUUCCUCAAAGUCAUUGGCAAAGGGAACUAUGGGAAGGUGCUACUGGCCAAGCGCAAGUCGGACGGAAUGUUCUACGCGGUGAAGGUGCUGCAGAAAAAGUCCAUCUUAAAGAAGAAAGAGCAGAGCCACAUCAUGGCGGAGCGCAGCGUGCUCCUGAAGAACGUGCGCCACCCGUUCCUGGUGGGCCUGCGCUUCUCCUUCCAGACGCCCGAGAAACUCUACUUUGUGCUCGACUAUGUCAACGGUGGAGAGCUCUUCUUCCACCUGCAGAGGGAGAGGAGGUUCCUGGAACCCCGGGCCCGGUUCUAUGCCGCUGAGGUGGCCAGCGCCAUCGGCUACCUGCACUCCCUCAACAUUAUCUACAGGGACCUGAAACCAGAGAACAUUCUCUUGGACUGCCAGGGACAUGUGGUACUGACAGAUUUUGGCCUCUGCAAGGAAGGUGUCGAGCCCGAGGAGACCACAUCCACGUUCUGUGGCACCCCCGAGUACUUGGCUCCAGAAGUGCUUCGGAAAGAGCCCUAUGACCGGGCAGUGGACUGGUGGUGCCUGGGGGCAGUGAUCUACGAGAUGCUGCACGGUCUGCCACCCUUCUACAGCCAAGAUGUGUCUGAGAUGUACGAGAAUAUUCUGCACCAGCCACUACAGAUCCCUGGGGGCCGGACUGUGGCCGCCUGUGACCUCCUGCAAGGCCUCCUCCACAAGGACAAGAGGCAGCGGCUGGGUUCCAAGACCGACUUCCUUGAAAUAAAGAACCAUGUAUUCUUCAGCCCCAUAAACUGGGAUGACUUGUACCACAAGAGGCUGACCCCUCCUUUCAACCCAAACGUGGCAGGUCCUGCUGACUUGAAGCACUUUGAUCCAGAGUUCACCCAGGAAGCAGUGUCCAGGUCCAUUGGCUGCACUCCCGACACCACAGCCAGCAGCUUGGGGUCCUCGAGUGCAUUCCAGGGGUUCUCCUACGCCCCCGAGGAGGACACCAUCUUAGACUGCUAGAAGAGACAAUCCCAUGGAGCUGCUGAUGCCCGCUGGUAUCUUCAAGGAAAGGCCUUCUGUUGCUGGUAACCGACUGUCCAUCUAACGAAAGGAAAAUGGAGAUAGGUCCCUGACGUGGGUUGGUCCCACGGGGCAGCUCACAG